AUUGUGAACUCAAUAAAAUGUUUCAGCAAAACAGUAGUGAAAUGAAAUCUAUUCAACAUGUUGACUAUUUCGGUCAUGAAAAAGAUUUAAAGGUAAUGAGAUGUCAGCAACAGAAAGAUAUUCCAAAACAAAACUCAGACGAAGGCAAUACCAGCAAUGUCGGUAGUAGUUUUGAAUAUCUGAUAACAUUUGCUGGUUUCAUUAACACAAUGCUGUCAAUGAGUAUUCAGAACAGUAUUGGAAUAUAUUAUACAUAUCUGAUAGGAGAAUUUGAUAUUGGAUUGACGACAGCUGCUGUUAUAGGAUCCACUAACACUGCGAUUUGUCUAGGAGGAGGAGUGUUCGCAGUUCGAGUCGUUGAAUCUUUUGGCGAAAGACCCGUUUUGAUAUUUGGUGGAUUCCUACAAUUUAUUGGUUGUAUUACUUCGUCGUAUGCACCAUCAUUUUCUAUGUUAUUUGCAUUUCUAUCGAUUGUGAACGGAAUCGGUGUCGCACUUAGUUAUGUUACCAUUUUGCUUUCGGUAAACAAAUACAGCUAUAAGAACCGGUCACUGUCAAUGACUCUUACAUCUCUCGGUGGUUCUGUGAUAUAA